AUGACCAAGUUCUCAGAAUUCGAUGCAGAAUGGGAUGAUAUACCGUCAGGGAGGGCGGCCGACUCUGUCUGGAGGGAGAUCAAGUCGGAGAGGGUACACGUUACGAAACAUGCUUUAACAACUCUAUCUCGUGCCUUGCGGGAUGGUUUUGCAAAAAGGGACCUGGAAGACAUCUAUGACAGAGAACUGCCCCCGAGAAAGGUCAAACUGCAGCCAACAACACCUGAACUCAAGGCAGAAGAGCCGAGUCCCGAACCGAUGGAUCUUGCCCUUUCAGGCACCGAACCUGCCAUAACGCUUGAAGAGAAGAAUAUCCUUGACGAUCUGCUUGAACAUGUGGAGCAGGAGAUGCGGUCCAAGACCAAUCCGUCAACACAAUCUCAUGGCCUCAGUUCGAAGUCUUUGGACCAAAGUCCGAGGACAGCUUGCACCCGUUCCGCCUUAGCUAUCGACAAAAUGCCACGAACACCUAUAUGUCCAUUCAACACUAGCCAUCCCCGGGUGGGGUCUCGAAAUGAGGAUGAGAUGGCUCUCGACGCCGUCUGUAUGGAUGACUACCUCUUGCUGAGUAGUGAUUCAGACUACCAAGACCACAUUCUUGAUUCUCCUGAAGUCGAUGAUAUCCGUUCUAAGAUGCUAGUUGAACCCAUACUUGGAGAGGAAAGCGAAGAGCCCUCAAAGGCGCCUCUUGAUUCUGCCAAUUCUCAAGCAGGUCCCCAGACUGGUGUUACGCGAAGCAAAAUCUCAUUGCUUAGCGAUGACAGCCUCAGCCACUUGAGAAGGAGCAUCACAGAUGGUUCGAACGAAUUCAGGCAGAGCUCACUUCAAGAGUGCCUAAAACCGGAAUUCAAUAUUUCCGAUGCAAGAAGCAAGACAAGCCCGGCCCCUCAAUCCGACCCCAACGAUGUAGACCGAGGCACAAAUCUUAUAACUCCUUUCAACGCCCUUGUUUACACGGAGGAAAACAUACCUCAUUUCUCAGUGCCGGAACACGCGCCGGCAGGCGAACUGAGGAUAAAGCUGCCGAAGUUGGCACCUUAUGAUAUCGUCAGCAGGGUACCUGGGGCUGAGACGGUCUCGCGAACACUCCAGAAGCUUGAUAAACACGUUUCAUUGACCAUGAGAGGACUUGAGAGCGAGAAGGACAUGAAUUGGACCCCGUUCAAGUCUGAAAUAAUGAAUGUUACUCUUGAGGAGUCGAUUACCGAUGAUCAAGAACGUCAUCUGAGACUCAUCAGCCCCCCAAGUGACAUCGUCCAAAGUUGUCAGCUACUUUUCAAGGAGCCCGGUCUGAGGAUACUCGAUGAAGACGAGGACACGGAGGAUGAGUUGGAGGAAGAUGAGCAUCUAGCAGAUCUAGUAUCAACGUCCCUUGAUCCACGUGUCCCUCAGAAGCGGCCUAUGAUCGACGACCUUCUCGCAGAUUUGCCUCUGAGUGAGCGGUGGUCAUCCACCAAGAAAGGGCCCUGUGUGAAUGAAAUAGGUACUGAGAGCUUCGGAGUACCAUUCAGCCACGGGUUCUCUGCAUCAAGUGCUCUCGAGACUUUCUUGGAUCUUCGCGGAGGUCAAUUUAAAAGGGUCAAGCCUUCGAUACCGCCAGCCACAGCGCUCGAAAUUCAAGAUGAUCCAAUUCAAACUCAAACUCAGGAACCUGUAGCCAUGAAAAGUGGCCAGAACUCGGAGCAAACUCACUAUUCUCCUACGAGCAUGUUGCCUGUGAUACAGGUACCAGCAACCCCGGUGAAUACUAUCAGUGAGAAAACGAAAAUCACGUUCUUACCGGAACUCAAAAGCUUAUCGUGGAAAAGAUUCAUCAUGGCCAAAACCUCCAUGCUGAAAACGCAUCGAAAUUUGAUUACUUUCCUAGAAUGCCAGGGAGGCAGUGAAUUGGAGGUCAUCUAUCGAGAGCUGAACUCCGCGAGUGAUUUAUCUGACACGAGUUUAGAACACCCAGAUGUCAUUCUGAAUCCGAAAUCAUGCUUGAUUUAUACCAAUAGCCAAGCACUCAACCAGAAGAGCUUACCCGGCCAAGACUCCCAGUCUUCAGCAACGAUGGUAAGGAAUCGAAUAUUGGCGUUGGCGCAAGAGUAUGACCGCGUCUUCGUUAUAGUCACAGGGUCAAUCCCAGCAGGGGUAAUUUCACAGAUUCAUAUCGACACGAUGACUGCAUUCACUGGGUUUUGCGCCAGUAUCAAGCUGGCAAACGUGACUCCGGUCUGGGCGAUACCGACAAACAGUCACGCCAAGGCGGAAGACGCGGUACAUGCAUGGACCUGGACACUAAUAUCUCAACAUGGAUUUCCCACGAGCCAGCGAGAUCAAAACACGCCAGGAGAACAAAUCUCAACUCCAUUGAUUCAUGAUGAGACGAGCUGGGAGCAUUUUCUUCGUAAAUCGGGGAUGAAUCCUAUGGCGGCACAGGUUGUGCUCGGCAUGCUUCCUAGAGCUUCUUGUACGGGAGACGCGCGUGGCGAGGAAUCGUGGGGGCUGAGUCGCCUUGUCAGAAUGUCUGCACAGCAGAGAAUGGACAUGUUUGAAACCGUAGUAGGGAAAUGGGCUAUUGCGAGGAUCAAUUCUGUACUUGAUGGCGAAUGGUGCCAGAGGUAA